AUGGGCUGUGAUCGGAACUGUGGGCUCAUCACGGGCGCUGUCAUCGGGGCAGUGCUGGCUCUGUUUGGUGGUAUCCUAAUGCCAGUCGGGGACUUGCUUAUUGAGAAGACGAUUAAAAAGGAAGUUGUCCUUGAAGAAGGUACAACUGCUUUUAAGAACUGGGUUAAAACAGGCACAGAAGUUUACAGACAGUUUUGGAUCUUUGAUGUGCUAAACCCAGAGGAAGUGAUACUCAACAGCACAAAUGUCAAGGUUAGGCAAGUCGGUCCUUAUACAUACAGAGUUCGUUAUCUCGCCAAGGAAAACGUAACCCAUGACUCUCUGAGCAACACAGUCUCCUUUGUACAGCCCAAUGGUGCCAUCUUUGAACCUUCCCUGUCAGUUGGAACAGAGAGUGACACUUUCACUGUUCUCAAUCUGGCUGUUGCUGCUGUAGCCCAUCUCUAUCCAAAUCCAUUUGUUCAGGGGGUACUCAAUUCAAUUAUCAAAAAGUCAAAGUCAUCUCUGUUUCAAAGGAGAAGUGUGAAAGAAAUAUUGUGGGGCUAUAAGGAUCCAUUCUUGAGUUUGGUACCAUACCCAAUUCCUACAACAGUUGGAGUGUUUUAUCCUUACAACAAUACUGUAGAUGGAGUUUAUAGAGUCUUCAAUGGAAAAGACGAUGUAAGCAAAGUUGCCAUAAUUGACACUUAUAAAGAGAAAAGGACUCUCGGCUAUUGGCCAAGUUAUUGUGACAUGGUCAAUGGUACAGAUGCAGCCUCAUUUCCUCCUUUUGUUGAAAAGACCCGGGUACUGCAAUUCUUCUCCUCUGACAUUUGCAGGUCCAUCUAUGCUGUGUUUGGAGCCGAACUUGAUCUGAAAGGAAUUUCUGUGUUAAGAUUUAUUCUUCCAUCCAAGGCCUUUGCAUCUCCAAUUCAAAAUCCUGAUAACCAUUGUUUCUGCACAGACCCAGAGAUCUCAAAUAAUUGUACAUUUUUUGGUGUGCUAGACAUUAGCAAGUGCAAAGAAGGAAAACCUGUGAUCAUUUCACUUCCUCAUUUCCUACACGCCACUCCUGAAAUUAGAGAAACUAUUGAAGGUUUACAUCCAAAUGAAGAAGAACACAGCACAUACUUAGAUGUUGAACCUAUAACUGGGUUCACUUUACAAUUUGCAAAACGGCUGCAAGUCAACAUAUUGGUCAAACAAUCAAAGAAAAUUGACGUUUUAAAGCGUCUGAAAAGGAACUACAUUGUGCCUAUUCUUUGGCUUAAUGAGACUGGUACCAUUGGAGAUGAGAAGGCAGAAAUGUUCAAAAACCAAGUGACUGCAAAAAUAAAACUCCUUAGCCUGGUAGAGAUGGUCUUGCUUGGUGUUGGCGUGGUGCUGUUUGUUGGGUUUAUGAUUUCAUACUGUGCGUGCAGAUCAAUGAAAACAAAAUAA